ACCGAAAAAAGAGCCGAAAGACAGGCAGUCUCUCUCUCUCUCUCUCUCUCUCUCUCUUCCUUGCCUUUGCGACAGAUAACCAGACAUCCCUCUGGAGAGAGCAUAACAGUACCGGAAAACGCAGAAAAUGGGCAAGGAUCUAACCGACGAUCAGGUCUCCUCUAUGAAGGAAGCCUUCACCCUCUUCGACACCGACGGGGAUGGGAAGAUCGCCCCUUCCGAGUUGGGGAUCCUCAUGCGCUCGCUUGGGGGAAACCCCACCCAGGCACAACUCAAGUCCAUAAUCGCUGAGGAGAAAUUGACCGCGCCUUUUGAUUUCCCUCGCUUCUUGGAUCUCAUGGCGAAACACAUGAAACCCGAACCCUUCGAUCGCCAGCUCCGUGAUGCGUUCAAGGUCCUGGAUAAGGAGUCCACCGGCUUCGUUUCCGUCGCGGAUCUGAGACAUAUUUUGACUAGCAUUGGCGAGAAGCUGGAGCCGUCCGAGUUCGAUGAGUGGAUCCGCGAGGUGGAUGUCGGGUCGGAUGGGAAGAUCCGGUAUGAGGAUUUCAUCGCCAGGAUGGUCGCCAAGUGAAGGGUCACCAUAGGUUGUGUUUGUUUGUUUUCAAUUUUUUUCCUUUUACCAGGAAAAGUUUGCCCUUUUUUUUUUUCCUCUAUCUUUUGGGUUUCAGUUCUUUGUUUUACGUGGGUUUGUGUUUGCUGGGGAUUUGAUGUGAUGGAGGAUGGAUGUGCCUUCUUUUGUUGUUUUCUUUCUGGAAUUGUUCGAGUAAUGUUCACUGUUGUUAGAGAUUUUCUCUGCACUGUUUAUAUUAUGUAGCUAUGCAUAUAUUGGUUCUUGUUUUGCCUUGAAUUCUAACAUUCUCAUAUGUGGUCCUUUCCAUUCUGAUUAAAAGCUCUUGUUAUCGUUGGCGGCAUUAAUGCACCCUCAAAUUUUAUGAGCCAGUUGUGCCCACAUUAAUGACAGCUGGUGAAAAUGAUGCACAGGUCUUGAGUGGAGGGCCUAGUUGCCAACAGAGUUUAUGAUUGAUAAUAACUGAAGAAAAGUUUCUUUUAAUUGCAAAGGGACUUAUAUGAGUUUGGAGAAAAUGAAAUGCAGGGCCAGGUCAACAGCCACAGCUUCCAUUGACAGAAAGUUUUGUAUUAGCUUCUAGAUUCCACUUCUUCAAUGUUGUGCUUUGUAAACGGUGCCACUAAAGGUGGGGCAGAUUA